AGAAGACGAAAUUUGCAAGCCAUCUCUGUGGUAUUUCGAUUUGCUGCAUUUUCUCAAUGAUCAGGAGACACAAGGCCGUCGAGGAAUACCAUGGACGAAAGUGAAGAGUCUGUAAACUGCGACGAAUCAUCACAACUAGUGGAAGACGAUGUGCAAGAAACUGUUAUUGACAGUGGGCCCAGUGAAGCUGCUACUACCCCUGCUACUCCUGCUUCCGAAGCAUCUAUGAGUACUUCCCAUUCUGUCAAUACCUCGCGCAAGUUAACUCGUAACAAGAGGAAGGCUGUUGGGAAUGAUGAUGGCACAACUGAAGUCCUGCAGGUGAUAGGGAAGAAACUGGAAUCGCUACAGGCAGAUGAUGCAUUUCAGGUAUUUGGAAAACAUGUGGCUAAUAAACUCAGAGAAGUCCCGAAUUCACAAAACAUAAUUGCUCAGAAACUAAUUUCCGACGUUUUAUUCGAAGCUGAGUUGGGUACGCUUACCAGAAAUUUUCGACUUGUUGACAUGAAAAGCCAGCGACAAGAUGAUUUGGUUCAAUGAAUGCCACAAAUUAUUGGCCUCAACAGAAUACGCCACAUCAAAUCAGAAUGCAACAAAAUCUUUCUUCACAAGUUGGACAAUACCACUCCUUCUCGCAGCAGCCGCAGCCUAUGCCACAUAACUACGCCCCAGAACAAAUACCUCACACUCAGGAGUAUGAAACAAUUGGGAAAAUUUCGGCAGUUUCAUGCAUCAUCCCACAGCAAGGUGAACAAGAUGUACAGACACGCGCCCACCAAGCCCCUGCCCAAUCUCCCGUUGGAACCUACUUGUCAUCAU